UAUUCGUAGAAAAUACUUUGAACAGUAAAGAUGUUCGGAAAAAUUACUGAAGUACCGAUGGUACUCGCAACCCUGAUUUUCUCAUACUUUGAAGUUCUUUAUAGAAUGAUUGUCCCAAGGCCAAGGAAGAGUAUAGCAGGGCAGGUUGCCUUGAUUACCGGUGCAGGUGGCGGUAUUGGUUUCCAAGAAUCGUUACAAUUUGCUGCAGAAGGGGCUAAAGUGAUUCUUGUCGACGUCAAUAAGAAACUUUUAAAUAAAGUUGUAACGGCAGUCGAAGAAAAAGGCGGAACUGUUUAUAGUUAUGUAUGCGACAUUACCAGUAAGUCGGAGGUUGAUUUACUAUUCGAAAAAAUAUGGGAAGACGUAGGCCAAGUUGAUAUACUAGUUAACAAUGCCGGAGUUAUGCCUGUUAGAAAAAUCUCUGAUUUAAGCCAGAGAGAAAUAGAGCUAACCUUUCACCUUAAUAUUAUCUGUCAUUUUUGGCUUAUUCAACACGUUCUCCCCGGUAUGAAGAAGAGAAGGAGUGGACAUAUUGUAGAAAUUGCAUCCAUGGCUGGUGUAGUUGGUAAAUCUAUGUUAACUGACUACUGCUCUUCAAAAUUUGCAGUAGUCGGCCUAAGUGAAUCACUUAAACACGAACUUCAGUUAGAAAAAUUUACCGAUAUCCACGUGACAUGCAUAUGUCCAAUGUUUGUUGAUACACACUUGAUUUCUAAUGUAUUGGAUCAUUCUAAUUAUAAAACCGACGUUCUCUUAACACCUGAACACGUUGCCUCAGUUAUAGUUGACGCUACCUUACGUAAUAAAUUCAUGGUAUCAAUUCCUGGUUAUUUGCUAAGCUUAGUAUAUUUCUUAAAAUUAUACAUUCCAAUGAGAGCUCUAAUUAAAUUGGACGAAUUUAUGAGAGAAGGUUUCUUCCCGAAGACGAAAGCCGAAUGA